AUGUCUUUCCUAUUCGGUGGCGGGCGUCCUCAGCCCAGCUCCGCCGAGAAGAUUGCGGCAGCAGAGCAAGAAGUUGAAUUAGUUUCAGACAUGUACAAAAGAUUAACAAAGUCCUGUCUUCAGAAAUGUGUGCCUGCCGACUAUCGCGAAGCUGAACUCAACAAAGGCGAGAGCGUCUGCCUCGAUCGAUGUGUGGCCAAAUUCUUCGAAGUCAACAUCAAAGUCUCGGAAAAGAUGCAAGGAGAGGCUGCGGCAAGAGGAGGAGCCGGUGGCGGCGGUGGUGGUAUGUUCGGCAUGUAA